CCGAGCAGCCGCGCGCCCGCUGCCUCCGCCGCCGCUGCGGGGCGGGCGGGAUGGGGCGCCGCGGGACGGCGGCCGUGCGCGGCUGAACGCACCGGGACCCCGGCCGCCGGCGCCAUGCGCCGCUCCAGCACCGACGAGUCGGCGUACCGGCGCAGCCCGUCGCCCGAGCGCAAGGGGUCGGGCACGGCGCGCGGCGGCGGCGGCGGCGGCGCCUUCUUCGGCCUGCACGCGAGCCCCGGCCCCAAGGCGGCUCAGGCGCGCUACGCGUCGCCCAAGGGCAGCAAGUACGUGGUGUUUUACCUGGACCUGUCCUUUAUCUUCCUCCUAGAGCUCAAGCGCUGCGGCAUGGCGCGCGGCUGCCUGCAGGGCGUCAAGUACCUCAUGUUCGCCUUCAACCUGCUCUUCUGGCUGGGAGGCUGUGGUGUCCUCGGCGUGGGCAUCUGGCUGGCCGCCACCCAGGGCAACUUCGCCACCCUCUCCUCCUCCUUCCCGUCCCUGUCGGCUGCCAACCUGCUCAUUGCCACCGGCACCUUUGUCAUGGCCAUUGGCUUCGUGGGCUGCAUCGGAGCCAUCAAGGAGAACAAGUGCCUGCUGCUCACGUUCUUCGUGAUGCUAUUGCUGGUGUUCCUGCUGGAGGUUACCAUUGCUGUGCUCUUCUUGGCCUACACAGACCAGAUCGACAGGUAUGCCCAGCAAGACCUGAAGAAAGGGCUGCACCUGUAUGGCACACAGGGCAACGUGGGCCUCACCAAUGCCUGGAGCAUCAUCCAGACAGACUUCCGCUGCUGUGGUGUCUCCAACUACACCGACUGGUUUGAGGUGUACAACGCCACGCGCGUGCCUGACUCCUGUUGCCUCGAGUUCAGCGAGAGCUGUGGGCUACACGCCCCGGGCACCUGGUGGAAGGCGCCCUGCUACGAGACUGUGAAGGUCUGGCUGCAGGAGAACCUGCUGGCCGUGGGCAUCUUCGGGCUGUGCACGGCCCUGGUGCAGAUUCUGGGCCUGACCUUCGCCAUGACCAUGUACUGCCAGGUGCUAAAGGCGGACACCUACUGUGCAUAGCACACAGACACCAGCCCUUCUCUGCCAAAGGACACGCCCACGGGAGGUCACACCCCAGGGCUGAGC